GAUGUAAAGAAAUAUCUUCCUAUAGAUGUUUGAAUUCUUGAACUUGAUAUUGAUAUACUUUUUAUCAUUGAUGUUUUCUAGUCUCUUGUAUGCAUAAUUACCAUAAAAAGUAUUGUUCUUCACUGAGCUGAGGAUUACAAGACAGUACGGUAGAACCGAUGGGAGAGGGACUUUGAACAGUAUAGGCAUGCAUUUGUCCCCCGACGAAUCAUGAAGCUUGUCGAAAGAGCGAAAGCACAGAAGGUUUGUUUAGCCUCUGACUCGACUUUCUAGCUAUUGGAAUCCAGAAGUGAAAUGUGAGUUCAGAUCUUUCUUCUAUCCUUCCUGAUAAUAAGAUGUCAAAUAUCACCCAACUUCUAUUUAAUGAUGUGAUAACAAGAAGAAAUAGAUCAAGGAAAUGAAAGGAAGGCUGCUGAAGAAGAUGAAGUUCUUUCCUUCCAUUUACUCUUUAAAACAAGACCUCUCGCUUCUGUCAGGCCCCACUGAAAACCCUUGUAGCCAAAUAUGUGAAACCCCACCAGUAGUAGAAUGUAGCAUCAUAUCCCAACAUUUUAGAGAUCCAAGUGAACUCGAAAUUAGUGUCAGCGACCGAAACCAUCCCGAUCCCUUCAUAAGGUCCGAAGAAAUAUUGGCUACCAAACAUGAUUUAGAGGCUCCAUGCUUAUCAGACAUGACUACCAUGGAAACAAAUGGUGGGCUCCAAGUGAAAGUGGACAAUCAUCAAGAACAUUCAUCUUUAUUAGACUUUGAAGAAAGGUGCCCACCAGGAGGAAGCAAAUCCAUUAUAUUUUACUCGACAAGCUUGGGAUGUAUUAGGAAAACAUUUGAAGAAUGCAAUGGUAUUCGGUUCCUACUCGAAAGCUUCAAAGUGUUGUUCUUCGAGAGAGAUGUAUCGAAGCACUUGGAAUUCAGGGAGGAGCUAUGGGAAGUCUUGGGGAGCAGGGUGAUCCCCCCGCGGCUUUUUAUUAAGGGAAGGUACAUUGGAGGAGCGGAUGAAGUGGUAGGCCUGCAUGAGCAAGGAAAACUAAGGAAACUGCUGGAAGGCAUACCACUGGACUUGGCAAAUUCAUCUUGCUCUUGCUGUGCAAACACCAGGUUUCUGGUGUGCCCAUGCUGCAAUGGCAGUCGCAAGGUUCUUAAAGAAGACGACGACCACAACAACUCGUGGUAUAAUAGAUGCACUGAUUGCAAUGAGAAUGGGUUAGCCAAAUGCCCCAUUUGCUGCUGAAAACACUAUAAUCUUCCCCAUGUAACAUCACUCACUGUCUACUUCUAUGUAAGUCCAUAUCUUCUCUCUUAGAAUUUUCCGUUCAUUAGCUAGCUUUUAGAACUCGCUGGCCGUGCUUUGUUCAAAUUCUCGACUGAAUUGUAGUGUUUAUGUAGUUCUUAGCUAUCUACUUUCCUAGUAUACCAUAUGUAAACAUAGAAUUUCUAGCUACCAAAGCCACAUUUUUU